ACCGCGUCUUUGCCUCGAGCCGCUAUUAAAAACGGCCCUCAAUUUACUCUCACUCUACAGUCCUCUCUCUGCCUCUCUCUCUAAAACCACAGGUUUCUUGCAGGUUUCUUCAAGGAUCUGCCUGGUGAAGCGAGGUACACUGCUAUUCUUGCAUCAGGGAUUAUCAUUCUUGAAGCAUGUCUUCAUCUGAGAGACCAGAAGUAAUUGAGAAGGAAGUCAAAGAGAAAGACUACAAGGAAGAAGAUAAAGAUGAAGAAAAGGGAGGCUUUGUUGAUAAGGUAAAGGGGUUCAUUCAUGCCAUUGGAGAGAAGAUCGAGGAAGCAAUAGGAUUUGGAAAACCAACUGCUGAUGUCUCUGCAAUUCACAUUCCCCAUAUUGAUUUGCAUCGGGCUGAAUUCGUAGUUGAUGUGCACGUAACUAACCCAAACCCUGUUCCAAUCCCUCUUGUAGACAUAGACUAUUUGGUAGAGAGUGAUGGCAGGAAGCUCGUAUCUGGGCUCAUCCCUGAUGCUGGUACUAUUCGUGCGCAUGGAUCUGAGACUGUUAAAAUACCAGUGAAAUUGGUUUAUGAUGACAUAAAGAACACUUAUGAUGAUAUCAAAGAGGGUAGUAUUAUUCCUUAUAAGAUCAAGGUUGACCUUAUUGUGGAUGUGCCUGUUUUUGGGCGAAUCACCAUUCCUCUAGAGAAGACGGGCGAGAUUCCUAUCCCUUACAAGCCAGAUGUGGAUCUUGGUAAGAUAGAGUUCAACAAGUUCUCUUUUGAAGAGACUGUUGCUACUCUUCAUGUGAAGCUGGAGAACAUGAAUGAUUUCGACUUGGGUUUGAAUGCUCUUGAUUAUGAGAUAUGGCUGUCAGAUGUGAGCAUUGGGAGUGCUGAACUCUCCAAAGCAACAACAAUUGAGAAAAAAGGAAACAGUGUUGUUCAGAUUCCUAUAACAUUCAGGCCUAAAGACUUUGGCUCUGCAAUUUGGGACAUGAUUAGAGGAAGAGGGACUGGGUAUACCAUGAAGGGGAACAUUCAUGUGGACACCCCCUUUGGCCCAAUGAAAUUGCCAUUUAGCAAGGAAGGGGGAACGACCCGUCUCAAGAAGAACAAUGAAGAAGGCAUAGAUGACGAUGAUGAGGAGGAUUGAAAAGCUCUGGUGUGUCGUUGUUAUUACACUCUCCCUGAUUUAUUUGAGGAGGAUCUCAUUUUGUGAACUUUAUAAAUCGUAGGAAGGUUCUGAUUUCUGGUAUUCCAUGAACGAAUCAUCAGUGUGUUUUGAUAUAAAAUUCUAUAUGUAUUAUUAAGUUAGGAUUUUAAUGGGUGCUUUGGAUUGAACUAUGAUUAUCCAUACCUUGACUCUUGAUCAUGGGAUGGUCAUAGUUGAUAGUACAGAUCUGGACCGUCCAAUUCAGUGUAUUACAGUGUGCUUUACAAUUGUUAUAGCCCAGUUUUUUUGUUUCUUGGGAAAGGUUUCUAUACUUCCCUUAUUGUAUAAAAGAUUUUUACUUCCCUCCUUCCA